GAAAACCGUUCCGAAAUCAGUUUCAGUAGUCAAUAAGUCGGCUUCAAGUCUCGUGUGCUGGCGCUCUUGCCAAACUAUCGGGUUAUUCUCGUAUUUACGCGCGAACUUCGAAUUGUUUACUAUGUAACCACGUGUUUCGUAAGUUUUUUUUUCUCUCUACAUGUGAUUAUUUUUUUGUUUAAUAAAUAAAAUUAAUUAUAGUUAAUUUAUCAAGAUUGAGGUGUGACGUACUUAUACAGUGAAUAUAUUGGUGAUACGAGUGACAAGUUAUGGGCUAUUUUUAAUAAUGUUCCUGUAGGAAAAUUAUGCAAGCUGCGGAAUCAAGUUUUAAAACUUUUUUUUAAAUCAGCAAUACACUUCGUCCAAGAAAUACAUCAUAAUUAUCUAUAUUGGAUGUGCCCACAUUCCUUCGAAAUGGUCGACUUCAGAAACGCUAUUCAAGGAUCGAUGGCGCCAACCGCUUAAUAAACGCCAAAGAUGAACUUGCAUCUAGAAGAGGUGGACGAUACGAUUAAUUAAAUUAUUAAAAUGGACCUGUUGACGGUAGUCGAUGGCGAUUGUGAAAAUGAAGACUUUAACAGCACUAAUUGUAUUACAAGAUUCAACUUUACCUGGCAACAAGUCAUCCUUACAACCAUAUUUUGUUCACUCAUUUCAGUUACCGUCGUCGGCAAUACGUUAAUUAUAAUAGCUGUGAUAACAACCAGACGUCUGAGAACGGUGACCAAUUGCUUCAUCAUGUCAUUAGCUGUAGCUGAUUGGUUGGUGGGUGCAUUUGUUAUGCCUUUGGCUGUGUCGUCUCAUCUCAGAGGUUCGUGGGAAUGGGGAUGGUUACUAUGUGAUAUAUGGAUUUCGUCAGAUGUGUGCUUGUGUACGGCUUCCAUACUGAGUCUGUGCGCCAUCUCCUUAGAUAGGUAUUUUGCUAUAACUAGUCCAUUAAAUUAUUCAAAAAGACUUCGAUCCAAAAGAUUGGCUUUCGUCAUGAUAUUAAUUGUCUGGGUUACGGCGAUUUUCAUCACUUGCCCGCCCAUGUUCGGAUGGCGUGAUGCGGACCGACAUAUAAGUACAGUCUGCACGUACAAUCAGAACAGAAUUUACGUAGUAUUUUCAGCGAUGGGAUCGUUUUUCGUUCCUUUAACCGUUAUGUUAUACGUUUACGUCAAAAUUUCUCGUGUCAUUGCCGAGAGACAUAAUACCUUACACGUGUUAAAUCAGCCAACGCAGAAGAUAAAAUUAAAAAAGGCAGGAGAACCAGAAGAUUCGGAUCGUUCUGAAAGGAUUUCAUCAGAAAGUGAAGAUCAACAUAAAAUGAAUCGACGCCAAUCAAAAUUAAGCGGCGGUGCGCGUUCUUCGCAGAAUCCUCCUUUGGAUGUGAACAGCAGCGUGAAAAUAUCAUCAUUCAAACGUGAACACAAAACAGCUCAAACAUUGACAAUGGUCGUCGGAGGUUUUGUAGCUUGCUGGUUACCAUUUUUUUGCGUUUACUUGGCCAAUCCAUUUCUUCCAGAUGGAACAAUACCAACUUUAUUGAUGGUUUUUUUAACCUGGCUAGGAUGGUUAAAUUCGGCGAUAAAUCCGUUCAUAUACGCAUUCUACAAUCCGGAUUUUCGAAUUGCAUUGUGGCGAAUAACACUGCGAAGAUGUGCAACGAAAAAACAGCAAGCUAAAAUGCUACGCAGUCGGACGCUAAGGCAAAGCGUAUACAUGAAACAAGACAUAUGCCUGUUAACGCCAACUAAAACACCCCCUCGAGCUUCGAACAAAAUGCCGUCUUGACAAAACGCUACAACGCUACUUUAAAGGGUUAAAGACUGUAUAAAAGAGGAUAAAAAUCCUUUUAUUUUUGCGAAAAUUUUUCGUUCUCCUUUCGAAUCGCUGUAAGUGUUUCCAAUAGAAGUAAACAAUUUUCGCUGAGCAAGCAAUGAUUCGAUGUAAAAUUGUGUGCCAUUUUACGAUGUAACUUAAUUUUUUUUCUCUCUUCUCUCUCUCUCUCUUUUUCUGUUUUUAUUAUCCAUCUUGUACGAUUUUUUUUGUUUUUGAAAAAUGUUUUUGUUUGUUUGUUGAAUACUGUACUAAGUUUACGUGUUGUGUAUAUUUUUUUGGCGAAAUUUUUAGUCUGUAUAUUUACUUAGUAUUUCGAUUACGAUUACGCUUCGUUUAAAAAAAAAACAUGUUUUUCGAUAGUUUCUAAUUGUGAAUUUACUAAAUGGUUGUGUUCGUUAGAAUAUUCCAUAUUAUACGAGUACCUCUACGCAAGCAGAAGAAAAUCUUAAGCCUAAAAGUGUAAUUAGAAAAAUUGUUGUUUGUAUUAAUAAAGGAAUUCAUUUUGCU